AUGCCGUCCUCUUCUACUCACACCGUGCGCAAUGGUUGCGAUAAUAACACGAAGCCACACGCCGAUACCAACGGCCGCUCCUCCAGCCACAGCUAUCGCAUCGAUCGCUUCCUUGCUGAUCCGGAGCAGCGCUGUCCCACAGAAUUCGGCAAAAUCCAAUCUCCGGCCGAAGCUGAAGCUGCUGCCAAAGCCCGAAUGAUGGCGAGGCUGCGUGCUUUCGAAGCCCAGUUUGGCUCCAGUGGCAAACCUCCGGGCAACAACGUUUGA